AGUUUGUGACCUACUUGUGUUACACUGGGUCUUGAACGAAAGAUCUUUGAAUAUUAUUCCUAGAAUAAUUCAAAAUUAGUAAGAAAUCUGAAACUGAUCCACAAAUUAUAUAUUUCUACUACCGAUUUUAUAUAAAAACAGAUUAUAUGUGUCUAUUAUUGAUUUUCAACGAAUUAACGAAAAUUAAUCAACUUAAUCUUAUUUCAUUUGGAAAAUUAUAAAUUAUAUUUGUAUAACGAAACCUAUGGAAACUUAGUGGUUAUUGUAACUUGUUAACUGACUCGUCAAAGUUACGAAAAAUAAAAAGAAGCAGAAAUAAAAAAAUGCCGGUUAUUUAAGAAAAGCACAUCAUAACCUUCGACUUUGUUUACUAGAGUAUUAUUUUACAAAAGAUAAUUAGAUAAGAAAUAUGUUGUGCAAUAGAUAUUUUGAUUUUCAACAGCUUUUUAUGUGUUAAAAGGAAAAAAAAUAGUAAUGGAGGCAACUACAUCGGCAGAAAAAAUUAAAAUAUACCCAAACGGUAGCUCGUAUAUAGGAUUAUGUUUAGCGAUAAGUUCUUCCGUGUUCAUUGGAUCCAGUUUUAUUAUUAAAAAAAUUUCUUUAAUAAGGCUAAGUAAAAGAGGUGUAAGAGCUGGUGCUGGAGGUUUUGGAUACUUAGUAGAUUGGAUGUGGUGGCUAGGGUUACUUUCAAUGGGAAUUGGAGAACUUGCAAAUUUUGCAGCUUAUGCUUUUGCUCCUGCCUCACUGGUUACACCUUUAGGUGCACUUAGUGUACUAGUUUCCGCUGUGCUAGCUUCAAAAUUUUUAAACGAAAAAUUGAACAUAUUUGGAAAAUUAGGCUGCCUGCUAUGCGUCUUAGGAUCCACUGUUUUAGUUAUACAUUCACCAAAAGAUGACAUGGUUCCUUCAACAGAUGAAUUAUUAAAACAGACUCAAAAUAUGGCAUUUAUUAAUUAUGUUAUUAUUAUAGCUAUGAUAGCAUUAUUAAUAUUAUUUUUUAUUGGUCCAAAAUAUGGUACUCGCUAUGUUGCAAUAUACUUAUUACUAUGCUCAUCUGUUGGUAGCUUCACAGUAAUGGCUUGUAAGGCACUUGGAUUAACCAUAAGAGAAAAUUCAGUGAAUGAUGGCGUUACAAACUACUGGUUACUGUUUGUAUUAUCUCUCAUCAUUUUAUUUUGCAUAUGCAUCCAAAUGAACUACUUAAACAAAUCCCUCGAUCUAUUCAGUACUAGUGUUGUUACACCCAUUUACUAUGUUAUGUUCACAACAUUUGUUAUUAUUGCAUCCUCUAUUUUAUUUGAAGAAUGGAAGAAAAUGAACGGCAUCGAUAUGUUAGGUGCAUUAUGCGGAUUUCUCGUUACUAUCAUUGCCAUAUUUUUGUUACACUAUUUUAAAGAUGUAUCGACCGUACAAGUUCAACAAAGAACAAGUUCCAUUCAGUAUGGAACUCAAAACAACUUCUUUUCUAGAUAUGUUUGAAUAGUAGAGCUUAAAAUUCAUAUGUACUUGUUCUAAUUUUUAACAAAAAAAUAGAAAUGUCUUUUAACAAGUUGAGGAUUGGUAAAACUUAUAUACUCAAAUUUCUUAGCUGAUUAUUAUGUGUACUAGACAUUAAAAUUAAUUUGUUGUUAUCCUAUCAGUACUUACUCUUUUAGUAAUACUGAAUUGUUUACUACCAUUACACUAAUUUCUUAAACAAUUAGAUUGUUUCACAUGCAAUUCAAUAACCAAUUCAUCUUCUUGCAGAGAUUAAAGGUUAAUUGGUCUUAAUUUUUUUUCAUCUUUUACAAUAUAUUGUGCUUGAUUCAAAUAGUACAUUAUUGAAGAAAUGGGAAAAAAUUAAAGUGCAUCAUGCUAUGAAUUCAAUCUGCUUCUCAUCAUAUUCUGAGAUUCCUAAAGUAUUGUCAAAGUUAAUAAAAUAGUUAAUUAAGAUUAAAUGGUGAUUUGAAUCCUCAUUCUAUUUCGAUUAUUCAUAGCAAAUCUAUUGUAAAUAUAUCAUUGAUGCCAAUAGAAGACAGGGAUUUAAAUAUAAAUAUCAUUAACUGAAUAAAUUGUGACUGAAAAUGUUAAAAUAUUAGAUAGACUCCACUAACUACAUUUUUUGUCAUAAAAAAAUUGAAAAAUUAAUAUAUUCAAUAGUCUUUUCUUAAUUUUUUCUAUUUUUUAGACGCAUUUAAGAUAAAAAUGAGACCUAUGUAAGUAUAUCUUAGAGUACCAUGUACACCGUGACCAAAAGUAUUAAUUGUGUCCCCCUUUCUUCCUGUGAUACUGGAAAUCCUCAGUGUUUACAGAUGACACUUCGAGACAAUGUGGAUAGAGGUUUCGUCCUCUGUGCAACAGAAUCUGCAUGCUGCAUUUUCUGUAGAGUCUAGCGCCUUUAGGUUUCUUAUUGAAGCGGUAGUGACCUGACAGGAUUUCUGCUUUUGCCUAUAUUGGUUAUAGCUUUCCCGGAGUGACUUUGCUUAUCUCAACCCAUGUAGAUUGUCCCAGUAACUGGCUUUACCCCCAUCUAACUGCUUUUCCAGUGCUUUUUCUAUUGUUUUGUAGUUGAUACCACAAAAAAGUUCAGGUCUUAUGAAAGAUUUGUCGGCCCCAUACUUUAGCUAGUUUGUCAGCUAUGUCAUUUCUCUUCGCUCUGGUGUUUCACAGAAUCCAUUGCAGGGUAACUUUAUUCUUGUUGCCUAGCUUCUGUUUGCGAUAAUGCCUUUAUAGAUUGAACUGAACACAUUUUUCAAUAGCAAAUAUUUUUGCUUGGAAAAUGAUUGGUAUGAUACAAGACUAUUUUCAAUAAUUUUUUUUUAUUUUUUAGCGCAUUUGAGAUGAAAAUGAAAUUUGAGGUUGGAAACCAAAAUUUCAACAUUUUUUUGGUUAAGAAAAAAAUUUAAAAAUCAUAAGGUUCCACAUUUGUUUCUAAAAACUGUGUGUAAAAAUGUUUUCGAAGAAUGUCUUAUUAUAUUUUUAGGAAAGUACGUACAAAAAUGAAGAAUUUAUUAUUAUAAAUAGAACAAUUUUUACAUAUUGAUAAACAUUUUGAAAAAGCUGAAAAAUUAAUAUUUUUAAAAAUUUUGAGAGACCCAAGUUUAAAAACCAAAAUUUCAACACUUUUAUUAACAAAAAACAAAUUAAUUUCUCGAUUUCUUAUGACCAAAAAUAGGGUGGAGCCACGUUCAAAAUAAUAACCUAAUAAUUAUUUUAUGAAAAACAAACUAAUUUUGUUUGAAAGAUUAUGUUUUUAUUUUUUAUAUGCAAACUAAUUCUUUUGUGAUCAUAAUAAGUCUUUGUAUUAAUAAUUUGUUUCAACGUUUCAAUAAUGAGCUGUUUAGAAUAUUAUGUUGUGAUAUUAGUAAAUUAAGAUAAAAAACUAAUAUUAUGAUGUCAGUUUUGAAUAAAACUUACUUUUGUUUUUCUA